GCCAGCUUCAGGUCCUUGUGAAUCCAGUACUGAGCUGAUUCUCUUUUUUUUCAACUAAGAAAACGGUCAGGUCGGGAGCACUCUCGAUCCUGAUUACUUUUUGGUUGAAUAACUUUUUUUUUUUUUUUUUUCUUUUUUCACAGAUAUCCAACCCCGCCUCUAGGGCAUUGAAAACCUAGAACACCGUCAAGAUGGUCAACUUCACGGUCGAGGAGAUCCGUCAAUUGAUGGACCGUCCCGCCAACAUCCGUAACAUGUCCGUUAUCGCUCACGUCGAUCACGGAAAGUCUACUUUGACCGACUCGAUGGUGCAACGUGCGGGUAUCAUCUCGGCUGCCAAAGCUGGCGAGGCCCGUUUCACAGAUACUCGUCAGGACGAGCAGGACAGAUGUAUCACCAUCAAGUCCACUGCUAUCUCCCUCUAUGCCCAUCUGUCCGACCCAGAAGACAUCAAGGAUAUCCCUCAGAAGGUCGACGGUAACGAGUUCUUGAUCAACUUGAUCGACUCUCCCGGUCACGUUGACUUCUCCUCUGAGGUCACCGCUGCUCUUCGUGUCACCGACGGUGCUCUCGUCGUCGUUGACUGCGUGUCUGGUGUCUGCGUCCAGACCGAGACUGUGCUCCGUCAGGCCCUGAGCGAGCGUAUCAAGCCUGUCUGUAUCAUCAACAAGGUCGACCGUGCCCUUCUCGAACUUCAAGUCUCCAAGGAAGAUCUUUACCAAUCUUUCGCCCGUACCAUUGAAUCCGUCAACGUUAUCAUCGCUACUUACUUCGACCCUGCCCUCGGUGAUGUCCAAGUCUACCCCUACAAGGGUACCGUUGCCUUCGGCUCCGGUCUUCACGGCUGGGCUUUCACUGUCAGACAAUUCGCUGUCAAGUAUGCCAAGAAAUUCGGUGUUGACAGGAACAAGAUGAUGGAACGUCUCUGGGGCGACAACUACUUUAACCCCAAGACCAAGAAGUGGACCAAGGUCGGAGAGCAUGAAGGCAAGCAACUCGAGCGUGCUUUCAACCAGUUUAUCCUCGACCCCAUCUUCAAGAUCUUCAACGCCAUCACCCACUCUAAGAAGGAUGAGAUCUCCGUCCUCCUCGAGAAGCUCGAAAUUAAGUUGAGCAGUGAUGAGAAGGACUUGGAGGGCAAACCCCUUCUUAAGGUCGUCAUGAAGAAGUUCCUUCCCGCUGCUGAUGCCCUCUUGGAAAUGAUGGUGCUUCAUCUGCCAUCCCCCGUCACUGCUCAGAAAUACCGUGCCGAGACUCUGUACGAGGGUCCCCCUGAUGAUGAGGUCUGCAUCGGUAUCCGUGACUGCGACCCCAAGGCUCCUCUCAUGCUUUACGUUUCCAAGAUGGUGCCGACCUCUGACAAGGGUCGCUUCUAUGCCUUCGGCCGUGUCUUCGCCGGUACCGUCCGCUCUGGUCUCAAGGUCCGCAUCCAGGGCCCCAACUACACUCCUGGAAAGAAGGAGGACUUGCAUAUCAAGGCUAUCCAGCGGACCAUUCUUAUGAUGGGUCGCUUCAUCGAGCCAAUUGAGGACGUUCCUGCUGGUAACAUCGUCGGUUUGGUUGGUGUUGAUCAGUUCUUGCUCAAGUCUGGUACCCUCACCACUUGCGAGACCGCACACAACUUGAAGGUCAUGAAAUUCUCCGUUUCUCCUGUCGUCCAGCGCUCUGUUGAAGUAAAGAACGCCAACGACUUGCCCAAGCUCGUCGAAGGUCUCAAGCGUUUGUCCAAGUCUGAUCCAUGCGUUUUGACCUACAUUUCCGAAUCUGGUGAGCACGUCAUUGCCGGUGCUGGUGAAUUGCACUUGGAAAUUUGCUUGAAGGAUCUUGAGGAAGACCAUGCGGGUGUUCCUCUCCGUGUCUCCGACCCCGUUGUCUCCUACCGUGAGACUGUUGGUGCCGAAUCCAGCAUCACUGCUCUCUCUAAAUCUCCCAACAAACAUAACCGUCUCUAUGUCAAGGCUGAGCCACUUGCUGAGGAGGUUUCGAAUGCUAUUGAAGCUGGAAAGAUCAGCCCCCGUGACGACUUCAAGGCCCGUGCUCGUGUCUUGGCUGAUGAGUUCGGCUGGGACGUUACCGAUGCGAGAAAGAUUUGGUGUUUCGGCCCUGACACGACUGGUGCCAACUUGGUUGUUGACCAGACUAAGGCUGUUCAGUACCUCAAUGAAAUUAAGGAUUCCGUCGUCUCCGGUUUCCAGUGGGCUUCUAGAGAGGGUCCGAUCGCUGAAGAGCCAAUGAGAUCCGUUCGCUUUAACAUCUUGGAUGUUACUCUUCAUGCUGACGCUAUCCACCGUGGUGGUGGCCAAAUCAUCCCCACUGCUCGUCGUGUUAUCUAUGCUGCUACUCUCUUGGCUGAACCCGGAAUUCUCGAACCCGUUUUCUUGGUCGAGAUUCAAGUGCCCGAGCAGGCCAUGGGUGGUAUCUAUGGUGUCCUUACCCGCCGUAGAGGUCACGUCUUUUCUGAGGAGCAGAGACCUGGCACUCCUCUCUUCACAGUCAAGGCCUAUCUGCCAGUCAACGAGUCCUUUGGCUUCUCCGCUGAUCUCCGUUCCGCCACUAGUGGUCAAGCCUUCCCACAGUCCGUGUUCGACCACUGGCAGAUCCUCCCAGGUGGUUCCCCACUUGACCCAACGACCAAGCCCGGCCAGAUCGUUCAAGAGAUGCGUAAGCGUAAGGGUAUCAAGGAAGUUGUUCCUGGUGUUGAGAACUAUUAUGACAAGUUGUAAACAUUUCAUUGCGAGAAAUAGACGCCUAAAGAGGAAUCCAUUGUUGCUAAUGGUCCGUUUUACGAUGUCGAUGACCUGGGAAUGUAUCUGGUAACGAGGAAACGAUAAAACUUGGCCAGGGUUGUCUGGAUAUUUCGUAUGGCAUGGGGUUUUAAGAGGGAAAAAACCAAAAAUUAAAAGAAAGGGAGCUCGGCCAAAGGACUGCUCUUGUUGCCUGCUGUUCUCAGCUCCAUCCUGAAUCCUCCCGCACAUGGGGACGGAAGAAUACCCAGAGCCGGGGGGGUUGAAAUUAAUGUUCUUGCAAUGUUGUUUGUUCCAGCUUGCCUUCUUUUCCUAUUUUCUUUCCAAGUUGUUCAAUUGUUGAGAUCGCUGUCUUGCACUAUUUGUCAUGGUUAAUAUUCAGGAAAGCCCAAAAUAGUUAAUUCAGUGAUUUAUCAUCAAUA